UUGCGCAUGCGUCGCGUACCGGUAUAACUAGUACUGCCAACUACUUCCGGAACGAAGCAUCGUCCAUUUUUCCGUGCACGCGCAAUGGAUCAAGAGCCAUUUUGUCCGAAACAGCAACGUGGCAACCGGCAUACCCGGUAUUCCAACUACAAUGAAUAUCGCUUUAUUACUGUUGCUGGUGAUUACAUGCAUAACAGUAUGUUGGUCGGCCAACGAAACGUUGCAGUCGACAAAUGUUUAUUUAACAACGGCUGACAAAAGCCAUUUGAGGAAAAUUCUUGAACCAGGUUUAACAUCUAACGAUGCAGCUUUUAUGUAUUAUGCUGUUCAUGGAUAUAGAUUUCUUGGAGAAACUUUACCAAACCAGCAGAAUCUGUGCAGUCGUUUGAUAGAAACGAUGAAGAAUGACGGCGAUAUUGCAACUGAGAAAGCAUUUUAUAUUGCAACUACCUCGAAAGUUAUCGGAAACUGUCGUAUACCUCGUUCAUCCGAUAUAGAAAAGGUGCUCUCGACUGCUAUAGAGAAAGAUGGUUCCACUAUGUUGGAAUUAUAUUAUGCUGUAAAUGGAUUGACUGCAUUAUCUGUAUCUAACGUACAUCUACGUGACAAAGCAGAUAAAGUUGCGAAAGCGGUGCAAAGUAUGUUACGGAAGGACGACAAUUUGUGGAACUUAGGCUAUGCCUUUCACAUCGCGUCGGACCUCGGACCAGACGGCUCGUUCGCUUUCGAUCGCAUCGAAGACGCCAUUGUACAAGCCGACGAAGUAGAUGAACAGUACUUGCAAUUCGAAGGCGGUCUCUCCGUGACCAGUUUCUUGGUGAACGGUAUUUUCAAACUUUCCAACACAUUACAGAAAAAAGCGCCGUUAUCGUCUCAACAGAUUGUUAAAAUAGCUAAUUAUCUUCUGUCCCGUCGGUCUGUGCAGACACCGAGGGGCGUUAUGAAUCUACUUUCGGCAUUGACAACUUUGGCGACCAGCGAUUCUGAAAAACCGAUCUGUGUAACAUUAGCCAACGAAGGUAUUAGUAUUUCUGCUCAACAGCCUUUAGUCACGGUGAAAGUUUGCGACAUUUUGGGUAACCCGGUCACCGAAAUAAACAAGGUGAUCGCAAAUUCGGCAACAAGAAUCGGAGAUGAUACUGCCGUUUUGAGUAAACAAAGUUUACAACUUUCGCCGACGGACAAAACGUUAUUCACAAUGAAUCUUAUGGAAGCUAAACCAGAACGUGGAUUCUAUAAAAUAUCUGUCACGGCAGGAUCAGUGGUGAACACUGUUACCGUAAAAGUACUUUGCGAAGUAGUAGUUGAUCAUUUAGAGAUUGGCACCGGCGAUGCCGAUCAAACGACACAGCCAAAGCUUACACGAGUAAAUUAUCCCGAAAAGCUAAACCAAAAGAUAGAAGCUGAUUCCCAGCAAAAGUUGGUCAUGAGAUUUCUGCUGAAAGAUGGUAUCAGUAAGAAGCCUAUGCGUACGCAUCAAGCCUUUGUGCGACUCUACUCGGCGACUGAUGCAAAGGACGGCGGCAAAAUGGGUCGUGAAAUCCUUUUCGUCGCUGAACCAGAUACAUCGCAGCUUUACAAAUUCGAUAUGCCAGUCGGGUCUGCAGCUGUGAACUUUGACCAUCAAAGCGGAGAUUAUAACGUGGAAUUAAUAGUUGGCGAUGCCAUAUUGACGAAUCCUUUUCAGUGGACCGUAGCAACGGUUAAUUUAAAGUUUCCUGAAUCGGUUUCGACCGAACGAGUGGAUAAAAGUGUCUCGUACAAGCGUAAAUCAAACGUCUACACAACCAAAGCGGAGAUACAGCAUAUGUUUCGCGAGCCCGAGAAAAGACCGCCCGCGUUUGUCUCCAAUCUGUUUACUGGUUUAUGCUUAGCACCGGUCCUUUUGCUAUUUAUUUUGUGGGCCAAACUUGGAGUAAACAUAUCAAACUUUCCACUUUCUCUGAGCGCAAUAACAUUCCAUUUUGGUUUGGGAAGUAUCUUUGUUCUUUUCGGAAUAUUUUGGUUGAAACUUAACAUGUUUGUUACUCUUCGAUACCUGCUCGGUCUUGGUAUCGUGACAUUCCUCGCUGGCAAUAAAAUGCUGUCACGUAUAGCUCAUAAACAUAAAAUGCGUUAAGCAGUUGCAGUGUCGGAACAUUUUACUUGGAAGAAAAGCGAAGACGAAAAAAAAACAGAAGACUGACGUUACUUAAUCGAAAAAAUUUGUGGAUAGAACUGCGAGAGACGUGCGCGCGUGCACACACACACACACACACACACACGCAUCUUCAUCUGUUGCCGUACGUUGUUAUUUUUCAACCAAGUUUUAUCGUUUCGAUGUGAGUAAAUUUUGUUGGAAUAAAUAAUGAAACCGAUACGUUAAAGACCAGAGUUACUGCAUCUUGGUGUGUAUGUACACCAUAAGGUCGGAUCCACCACUCGACGAGCAUACUGUCAAUAUUGUAUUAUAAUUAUUUCCCUCAUUUAGUAUUACCAGUGAAACGUGUUCUUUAACGUAUAUUUAUUAUGAAUAUAGCGAGUAUACAUAUAAAGACUUUAAAUAUUCACUCGAUGCCCGUCUUUGUAUUCUUUCCGUAAUUAAGUUUUUCAUCGCGUACAGAUAGAGUGAUAUAAAAGAAGAGAAACAUCAUUUUGUAAUGUUCGUUAGCAUUAGAGAGAAAAUAUUAAGGGAUAAAAUGAUGAAACCACACUCGGUGUCGUGGUCAGGAACGAAUCGUGUACUUGUUGAAAGUAGUAAUAUUGCGAACGACUAUUCCUUUCUAUCCUUGCAUCCUCUAUCGUUAUCGACACAUUCUUAAUCUCUCGAGGACCAGAGGAUUCUGAAACGUGUACAUUUGUGUUAUAUUUGUUAAGACUCGAGAAAACAGGGGCUUGUUUAGAACGUACGGAUCGAGCUGGAAGAAUUUUUAAUCGUGAUAUCGAUUAAAAAGAACACGACUUCUGUGCGAAAAUCUGUCUUAUGUCUGUUCGUAAGUUGAUAUUUUUCGUAGCUAAGAAAUAUCUUUCCUUAGUUUGUUCAGUGAUCGUUAAUCGAGCAAAGCCGAAGCGGUGCCAGAAUUGAACUAAAGUCUGAAAGUUCUCCGCAAUCUGAAAGUAAUCAGUGUUAUAAUUGUUGAUUGUUGUUCCAUCGAAAAAAAAGAAGCUGUAUAUCAAGCGAUCUAAGAAUUGUAACUGAAUGGAAUGUUAAAAGUUCGUCCGGUGUUCCCAUUUCAACCGAAUGCGAGUUUGGAUAAUUAACGAUCGGUGGAAGUAUCUUUUCAUCCUCCGUUUCGUAUUUCCGACAAAUUUGCAUGUAUGCGAGAAUAUGUUUAGCCUUUAUUGUCAAGGUUUUUAAUCGUUUCGCGGUACGAUUGUAUUCUCUGGA